AUGACGUGUGACCCCAUGAAUGUUCAUCAUAUGUUGAGCAAGAACUUCGUCAACUACGUUAAGUGGCCUGAGUUUCGUGAAACCUUUAAAGCUUUCAGGGAUGGAAUUUUCACUAUCGAUUCAGACACGUGGAAAUGCCACAGGGUACUUCUCCAUUCCUCGUUUAAGACCAGAAGCUUUGAGAAGUCUCUAGAGAAGAUCAUCCGGGAUAGCGUGCAGAGUUGUCUCGUUCCUCUUAUUGAUCAUGUAGAGAGGAAAGGAAUUGAAGUGGAUUUGCAAGACAUGUUCAAUCGCUUCAACUUCGACACCAUUUGCUCCAAAAUCAUAGGAUCUGACCCUAAAUGCCUCGCCAUUGACUUCCCGGAAGUUGCAUGCGAGAGAGCUUUCAAUGAAGCUGAGGAGUUUAUAUUCUACAGAGACACGGUAUCUAAAUGCUUCUGGAAGCUUAAGAGAUGGCUAAGGAUUGGACCAAAGAAGAAGAUGGCCGAAGCAUGUGAAGUUUUUGACCGGUUCCUCCAUCAAAGUAUCGCAUCAAAAAUAGAGAGCUAAGCAAAAAUAACCAGAAGAAGAAAGAAAACGAUGACUUGCUAACAUGUCUGAUGAGGGAGGAAGAAGGAAAAGAACACGUGGAUGACAGGUUACCACAACUUCAGCGCUCACUUGGUUCUUUUGGCUUGUUGCUGCGCGCCCUUCAGUGGAAGCCAAGAUUCUUGAAGAGAUCGAAGAAGAAAGGGAAAUGAAAAAUCAAGUGUAUCUCCAUGGUGCUCUGUGUGAAGCUUUGAGACUGUAUCCUCCCAUACCUUUUGAGAGCAAGCAAACAAUCAAACACGACAUACUUCCAAGCGGACAUGAGGUUGGUCCCAAGACUGUGCAUUGAUAUCCCUGUAUGCCUUGGGAAGGUGUGAAGAAACAUGGCGAAAAGAUUGCUUGGAAUUCAAGCCUGAGAGAUGAAUCUUAGAGAGAGGACGCAUUGUGCACGUACCAUCAUACAAGUUCAUUAGUUUUAAUGCAGGACCAAGUACUUUCUUAAAAAAGGACUUGUCUUUCAUUUAAAUGAAGAUAAUGACGACUUCUAUUUUGAAGAAUUAUUAAGUUCACAUGGUGGAAGAUCAUCAUA